CCCCUCACCCCCGCAUUUGGGGGGCGAGCAGAGUGUUGCCAACUUCCCCCCUCCAGCUGCGCUCCUGUGCUUUGCGCUCCGGCUCAGGCGCGCCGGAGAGGGAGGCGGGCUUCUCCGCCUUGCUUGGCAUUCCUUAGGAAAGCCGUCUGAAGGCACAGGAGCAGCGCCGAGGCAGAAGGCUGGCCGGGGGCUUGUCCAGGGAGCCCCCUUUUCUUUUCCUCCCGUGGCGCCGUCGAGGGAGCCCCGGCUGAGCGAAAGAGCGAGCGAGCACGCGCCGCCCCCGGCCUCUCCCGUCCUGCCUUCCCGGGCGGAGCUCCGGGCGGAAGGGCUGGCGCUGGCGGGCGGAGGCGGGCGGCCGACGGGCGGAGAAGGGAAGGAGUCCGGCAUGGCCGCAGCCUGCAAAAGGAUCGCCAUCUUCGGCGCCACCGGCAUGACUGGCCUGGCCACCCUGGCGCAAGCCGUCGAGGCUGGCUACCAGGUGACGGUGCUGGUGCGGGACCCAAUCCGGCUGCCGCCGGAGCCCCACCCGGCGCAGGUGGUGGUGGGGGACGUCCUGAACCCGGCGGACGUCGACCGAGCCGUGAAGGGACAGGACGCCGUGAUCGUCAUCCUGGGCACCCGCAAUGACCUCAGUCCUACCACCAUGAUGUCUGAAGGCACCCGGAACAUUGUGGCGGCCAUGAAAUCCCACGGCAUCCGCAAAGUCGUGGUUUGUCUCUCAGCCUUCCUGAUGUGGGACCUGGACAAGGUGCCGGCCAAGCUGCGCCCAGUGACCGAGGACCACAUCCGGAUGCAGCAGAUCCUCAAGGAGUCGGGGCUGGACUGCGUCUACGUCAUGCCCCCCCAUAUCGCAGGUGACCAGCCGCUCACCGGCGACUACACAGUGACCGUGGACACGUCCAGCGGCUCCAGAGUCAUCUCCAAGCACGACCUCGGGCAUUUUUUCCUCAAGUGCCUGGCCACCUCCGAGUACGACGGGAAGAACGUCUACCUCUCCAGGCACUACCCCAAGGAAUGAGGCCGGCCGGCCACCAUUGCCCUGUUGGCCUCUCUCUGCCUCUGCGGAGGUCAAUGAUGAAGCCUCGUCCCAUUGACAAAAGGGAAAUUCUCCAUCGCUGAUGCUGCCCCCUCCACCCGCCCCUCUCUGCCUCGUGUGCUAUAAUGAGUGCCUUUCUCCCCUUAACAUGAGCCAUGGGGGGGGGGGGUGAGCUGCCCACCCAGCGCCCUCCGUGCCACAAAGGCACCUUGACUGGUGUUGCUGCAUGCCUGUGUUUUCCUGUGUUCACCAGCGGCUGUGCUUGUCCCGCUCUCCCCCGCCAGUGUCCUUGUGCAGUGAUUUGAGCGCUGUGUUCUCCCCGCCACAUCCCAAGAGAAGGGAGCGAGGCGAGGGGGUCCCUGGGGAACUAGGUGCUGCUUGCUUGGUCCAAGAAGUCUCUUAUUGGGGUCAGGAAUGUGUCAGCUUCAGGAGUACACAGAACUAUUGGGCAGAAUAGCAGCCUGAGUGGCCAGGACCCAUCGGAAGGGAGUGAGGUUUUUGUAUCGUAAGACAUUAUUUAGCUUAAAAGGGAUUGAUAGAUGUAUUGAAUGGUAAGAUUACUAGCCAUUACAGAGCGGUCUGGAAUGGGAGUGGCUAAAUCAUAAAGUAUUUGCAUUAAUGUUAGUGGGUAACCUUGCUCUCUCUCUAUGGCUGUGGAACCUCCUUCCCUCUUCCUUGCUGAAGAGUUCUGUGUAACGGGAAAGCUUACAUACUUGUUAACAAAAGUUAAUCAAAUAAAAAGUAUAUUUUGACCUA